CUACAGCCUAGGGAAAUUCAACCUGUUUAGCAUACCUCUCUGUCCGAAUACUCCUACCAUCAAAUCCAUGAGGCCAUCAACCGCUCUUCUCGUUGUAGCCACCGCGGUCCUGGCGUUGUCCGUCGCCGACGCGACCGUGGAAACAACCUGCAAGGAGGCGGCCGCCAAGGAGAAACAAGUCAACUACAAGUUCUGCGUGUCUGAGUUGGGCAAGCACCACUUGAGCCCUGGCGCGGAUACAUGGGGCCUGGCCAAGAUCGCGGCCAACAUGGGCGUCAACAACGCCUAUGGCGCCAUUAAAGACAUUGAGGGCCUACAGGCGAAGCCGCGCACGGAUGCCAGGACGAAGGUGGCCCUCGGGCAAUGCCACGAUCUGUACGACGGCAUGAAGUUCGCGUUCGCCGGAGCCUACGACGAGAUCAAUGCCCGUAAUUACACCGCGGGGAAGGAGGAGGCGGCGAAGGCAGUUUCUCAGGCGCAUCAAUGUGACGACGACUUCAUGAAGGCCGGCAUCAUGUCGCCUCUCUCGCAGCGUAGCUCCUACUCCGUGCAGAUAGCCAUAGUCUGCACGGCCAUCACCAACCUUAUCAACUGAAUAAACGGCAUCCCUUGUCGCCUGCGAGUUGAGACUUGAGAGCUCUUCAAAUUUGUGCCUCUCAAAGUUACUUGGAAGAAAUUAAUAACAAUAUUUCUCUUAAUUGAAGGUUAAUUACUUUGUGA